AUGGGUGCAUCAGGCUUAGGUUCUAGUUUAGCAAAUUGCAUUAAUCUCUCAAAUUUGACACUUGACCUUUAUUUGAAUUAAAUUGGUGACGAAGGUGCAUCAGGCUUAGGUUCUGGUUUAGCAAAUUGCAUUAAUCUCUCAAAUUUGAUACUUGACCUUAAUGGCAAUAAAAUUGGUGACGAAGGUGCAUCAGGCUUAUGCUCUGCUUUAGCAAAUUGCAUUAAUCUCUCAAAUUUGACACUUUAAUUUUAAAGUAAUUAAAUUGGUGCUAUGGGUGCAUCAGGCUUAGGUUCUGGUUUAGCAAAUUGCAUUAAUCUAUCAAAUUUGACACUUAAAUUUUAUGUGAAUUAAAUUGGUGACGAAGGUGCAUCAGGCUUAGGUUCUGGUUUAGCAAAUUGCAUUAAUCUCUCAAAUUUGACACUUGACCUUGAUGGCAAUAAAAUUGGUGACGAAGGUGCAUCAGGCUUAGGUUCUGCUUUAGCAAAUUGCAUUAAUCUCUCAAAUUUGACACUUUACCUUAAUGACAAUAAAAUUGGUGCUAUGGGUGCAUCAGGCUUAGGUUCUGGUUUAGCAAAUUGCAUUAAUCUCUCAAAUUUGACACUUGGCCUUCGUUACAAUGAAAUUGGUGCUAUGGGUGCAUCAGGCUUAGGUUCUGGUUUAGCAAAUUGCAUCAAACUCUCAAAUUUGACACUUGACCUUACAAGAAAUUAAAUUGGUGCUAUGGGUACAUCAGUCUUAGGUUCUGGUUUAGCAAAAUGCAUUAAUCUCUCAAAUUUGACACUUAACCUUAGCCUAAAUGAUGUAUCAUAAAAGUUCAAAGUUGUAAGCAAGUGUCUUAAAUCAAAAAGAUUAGUUGUCUUUUAAAAAAUAUUCUGA